CCCGCCGGGCUCUGUGAUUGGGCGGCGGGCGCUCUGGUGAUGGCUGAAGUAGGGGUUCUGUGGGUGAAGGCGGAAACGCUGCUGCACGUUGGCAGGAGGGUCCGAGCCAGUCAAUCAGCUACACACCGACUCGCUGUUGCCGGCCGCUGCUAUGUCUCAGCAAACAUCUCUGAUCCUGCUGCUGCUUUCACAAUAGCAGACUUUCACUCCUAAUCCUACAGGGCACAAACUGGCUGAGUUUGAUAAAGCUGCUGAAGAAGUUAAGCAACUGAAAUCUCAACCGACAGAUGAAGAAAUGCUGUACAUCUACAGUCACUUCAAACAAGCUACAGUUGGAGAUAUAAACACAGAGCGCCCUGGUUUUCUUGACUUCAAAGGCAAAGCGAAGUGGGAUGCCUGGAAUACAUUAAAAGGAAUGGCCAAAGAAGAGGCAAUGAAAGCUUACAUAGCAAAAGUGGAAGAAUUAAAGGGCAAAUAUGGCAUCUAAGAAUUGCAUCCACUCCCCACUUGUGGAGCUGAAAUGUGCCUUAUUUCUUAAUAGGCGGGAUAACUGAUUACUGGGGGUGACUGGAAUGUGUAGUGUACUGCAGUUUGAGUUCUGCAAUUCAGAUUAAACUUCUGUCUAAUUGUAAAUUACACCUAAUGAAUUGGGUAGCUUUACUCUGAAUCAUUAAAGUACAUUUGUUACU